AUGGCCUGGAACUCCCAAAUAAAAGGAAAAUUUCCUAUACAACCUCAACCCAAUCCACAAAGUCAGCCACUUCAAGAAGCAGUUGAUAGUUCAAAUGUAAGGCAAGUGAAAGCAGUCACUUCUUUGAGAAAUGGUAGGGUGGUGAACAUUCCAACUCAAGGUUCAGACAAGACUGGUAAGGUCUCUGAAUGUGUGCAGAAUGAAGCUGAAAAGAGUGAGGUGGAACAAACUGAAACUGAAAAGAUUUCAUGUCCUGUACCUGCUCAUUUUCCUCAAAGAUUGGCUCCCCUACACAAAGACAAACACCAAUCUAAAAUUUUAGAAAUAUUCAAGCAAGUUAGGAUUAACAUCUCUUUGUUGGAUGUUAUUCAACAAAUUCUCACAUAUGCUAAGUUUCUAAAACAUUUGUGUACUGUUAAAAAGAAAUUAAAUGUGCAAAAUAAAGCCUCUCUUACAGAGCAGGUCAGUGCCAUAAUUCAGAGUAAUAUCCCACCAAAAUAUAAAGACCCUGGUUCACCUACAAUUGCUUGUGUUACAGAAAGUUUAAAAAUUGGUCAAGCAUUGUUAGAUCUUGGUUCAAGUGUGAAUUUACUACCUUAUAAUGUAUAUGAGCAGUUUGGUUUGGGGGAAUUAAAACCAACUCCAAUAAUGUUACAACUAUCCGACAGAUCAAUCAAAAUGCCAAGAGGGUUUGUUGAGGAUGUCUUUGUUCAAGUGGAAAAAGUUUUUUACCAUGUAGAUUUUGUAGUGUUGGAUGUUCACUUGACACCAAAAUCUUCUUUAUAA